UUGAAUUUCACUAUUAUAAUUCGGAACUAAAGUUACUUCCUUUCCUUUCCAACAAGUAGAAUAGUUCUUUAUUUAACUUUAUCUUAUUGUUGAUAAAUUGAGAUUUAUUUGUCUUUAAAUGUCAUGGUUUGGAGUUUUGUCAAAAACAUUUGUUUUUGAUAAAAAUAUGUGAGAAAAUUUAAUGUUUUGCGCUGAUUUCUUAUGCUUUGGUUUAUGUGUUAUAUAUAUUAGAUUUGAUGUGGGUUGCUCGCUCAAUUUGAAUGAAUUGCUGCUUGUUGAAUAAGUUGAAUUGGUAUUUUGGUUGACAUUGAAUUGCUACUGUAUAUAUUUAUUUAGUUCUUUCGUUCUUUUAUUCUUUUCGUCAGCGUGGACUCAUGGUUGGUCAUGGUCCUUCUGGAAACUUGAAUUUUAAGGGGUUACUCUGCCGGAUUCUCUAACUAAUUCACUUUGCUUUAUGUUGGUUUAUUUUAUUUCAGUUUGGAAGUUCCAAUUUGUGUUUCAACUUUAUCUGAUUGUGUCGGACAGGAUCUAUGUCAAUGGCAUUAAGGGGUUACUGGAGAUCAUACAGCUCAAAGGUGGACUUGAAGAAGCUGAGGCCGAUGAUACUCAAGAGAAUAGAGAAUCGAGCUAAGGACUAUCCAGUGCCUGGAAUGAUUCCAGUGGCCCAAGAGGUCCUCAUGGCCAGAGCACUCCUCUUCCAAGGAGUCUCCAUCCUUCUCAAAUUGUUCCCUGUCCUUGCCUGCAAGUUCUGUCCAGAAGUAUAUAUUGGUGAGAAAGGCCAUUUAAUCAAAACUUGCUGUGGAUACAAGCGCAUUGGAAAGAAUCGCGUUCAUGAAUGGGUCAACGGCGGUUUGAAUGAUAUUCUUGUCCCUGUAGAAGCAUUUCAUCUGCACAACAUGUUCCAAGGUGUUAUCAAACACCAGCAAAGAUUUGAUUUUGAGCGUGUUCCUGCCAUUGUGGAGAUAUGCUGGCAAGCAGGGGCUGAUCUAAAUGAUGAAAAUUUGAACUCUGGUCCAUUAGUUGCAGAUGAAUUUUUUGGUGGUGUCAGAGGGAUUGAGUCUUUGUCACAUGAUGAUUUGACUGUGAUAGCAAAUGGCACCUUGAGGGCAUGGGAGACACUUAGAUCUGGCAUUAAAAAGCUUCUAUUGGUCUAUCCGGCAAAGGUUUGUAAAUAUUGUUCUGAAGUUCAUGUGGGGCCAUCUGGCCAUAGGGCUCGUCUUUGUGGAGUGUUUAGAUAUGAAAGUUGGCGUGGAGCCCAUUUUUGGAAGAAGGCAGGGGUUGAUGACUUGGUCCCACCAAAGAUUAUGUGGCGGCGAAGGCCUCAAGAUCCAUUAGUGCUUUUGGAUGAAGGUCGGGACUACUAUGGGCAUGCACCAGCUGUGGUGGAUCUGUGCUCACGGGCGGGUGCUAUUGUUCCAACUAAGUAUUCAUGUAUGAUGAAAGUGAGCGGUUUACCUGCAGCGCUUUGAGUUUAACCUUCCAUCUUGCAAGCUAAACCUCAAGAGGAGUUGGUUUCAACAUACAUCAUUGGAGGCACCUUUAGGUCCAGAGCUCUUGUAGACCAUCUAAGUAGGCAAGAUUCUUGUCUCACAUGGUUAGAAUUUUUCAUCUAUGUCUUCAUUUGGUCCUUUAUAUUUUCUUGCAUUAACAAAAUUUUGUCGAUGAUCACAAUGAGUCAAACAUAAAUACGUUAAUAUAAACAUGAAAUCAAUCGUAUGUGUAUCUGUAUGUAUUAAUAAUUGAUAUACCAUUCUGGGUUCCUUUUGCCA